AAUAUUUAGUCAAUCUGUCUUGUCAACCUCACACUGAUAACCAUUUUUGUGAUGAUUAGUUUGAUGAACUGUUUCCAUCAGAUCUGAACCAAAAGCCCUCAGUGAUGAUUCCUCCACUGACUGAGGGACAGCAGGCCUCUCUGACCUGCACUGCUCCUGGUCUCUGCUCUGGGUCUCCUCCUAAAAUCACCUGGAUGUGGAGAGGAGAAGGAGAGAAAGAUUCUUACAUCAUAGGAAACAUUACUGCUUUAAAAACAGAGAAUCUGACUGCUUUCACAAAGAGACAUGUCUCAACUCUGACCUUUAACGCAUCAGCUGAUCACCACAACACCAGUAUAACCUGUAAAGUCAGCUUCACAGGCGACAUAAAUACAGAAAAAACGGUGACUCUGAAUGUGAAUUAUGUAAGAAAACCUCAGAUUUCUGGCAGAGCAACAGUUAAAGAGGGAGAUGUUCUGAAUCUGACCUGCAGUGUGGACAGUUUUCCUCCCUCAGUUACCAGCUGGAGUAAAUCUACAAAACAAGCUGAACACCAGAGCCACAAUCUAAUCAAAGUGCAUGGCCGUCAUGAAAUCUGUUAUCAGGAUUCGAGUAGAAUUUUAUUGUUUUCCAUCACUAAUGUGACAGCCGAAGAUGCUGGACUUUACAUCUGCACAGCACAACACCUGAACUACACUCUGAGAGAAGAAAUUAAUGUAACAGUGAAAUAUGUUAGAAAACCUCAGAUCUUUGGCAGAACAACAGUCAUGGAGGGAGACGAUCUGAAUCUGACCUGCAGUGUGGACAGCGUUCCUCCAUCAGUUAUUAAAUGGACUAAAUCUGGAGCAAAAGCACAUUGCCAGGAAAAUAUCUUCAGCAAAGUAGAUAACAGCACAGUAAUCUACCUGCUGGAAAAAAGUGGACAUGUCUCUUUUUCCAUCAUGAAUGUAACAGUAGAAGAAGCAGGACGUUACAUUUGUACAGCAACAUAUCAGAAUGACAGCAUGACAGAAGAAAUUCAUGUCAAAGUCAAUUUUAAUCAUGUGAAACAUUGUGCAUGUGGCAGUGGAGCUCUUCUCUGGGUCGUUGCUGGUGUUUCACUCAGUGUGCAUCUUUUCUCUAUGAUCUACUUGUACCACUUUCGGAACACAAGAAAAAAGGCUGAACCCACUGAAGAUGAUCAAACUUACAUGUGUAUGCAAAAAACCAAUGCAUCAGCAGGGUAUAAUGUUAUUGUUCAACAACCGCACUGACAUGUUGUUGUCAGGGAUUACUGUCAAUUGGAUGCUCCAUGCUGAAACUAGAUUCAUAUCACUACUGUUUUAGACACAACAGAAAAGAACAGGUGGUGUAUGUUUCCUGGAGAAGAGAAAUCAGUCCCACUAAAAUUGUUAAAAGUACAGACAUAGUAAUUGUCUUAGCACAGGAAUAAGAUAUAUCAUGAAUACAACUGGAAAGAAAAAAUAUUAUAAGGAUCGACCAAUUUAUUUGUAAUUACUUUUUUGUUUCCCCUUCUACGAUUCGUUAUUGAAGUUAUAUUGUUUAUUUUUAGUUUUUGUGGAGUAUAUUUAAAUUGUUGAAUAUUUAUACACUCUGUAAAUAUUUAUUGGAAGUAUUUUUGUCCAUAUAUGCCUAAACAAGGUAUCUUCCUUAAAAUGCAAGAUUAUCCUUUAUAACUUACAUUUCAAUUGUAAAUGUCAAUUGGGUUUUUCUUUCUCAUUUUACCUGACAUGUCGUGUAUGAACCUUAGGAAAUAGUUUUUCUAAUAUAAAUUACAGAUAAAACAUUAUGCAGUCAUUGAUGCUCUUGUAUAAUACAUUAAAGGUAAUUUUAUAUUAUUUUUGAACUUUA